AUUCUAAACCACAAUUUUUUAUUGGGUUAGAAGCUCAAACCACACAGCUUUGCAUGGUUGACUGGUAGUUGUGAAGAAAGGAAAACACUUAAUUUAAUUAAUAGAGUAUAUGAUUACUCUUUUCACUUGUUGCUUUUUAUUUUCGUUCUUCGCUUGUUAUACAUUCCAUUGCUUCUAUAUGCUGCUACCUUUCUCACCUUUUUCUUCUGUAUUGCCUUCAUGUCAUCAUUAUAAAUUGCAAUAUGCAACUAUAGUUGCAGCUGCAAUAUAAAAUUUUUAGAGAUCUUCACAAUUUCAAUUACAGUUGCAAUAUAAGAUUUUAGAUGUCUUCACAACAACAUCACAACCACCAUUGCAGCCAGAUAGGUAUGCAGCAUAACAACAACCGCAAUUGUAAUUUAGAGCUAUGCUCCCGAAAAUCAAGUUAAAAAGUAGUUGAUGUAUUAUUUUUAUAAGUCAAUAUUAAUAAAUUAGUAGAGUUUUAGUUGUCCAGAUUUGAACGCAUGACUUCUUGAUGAAAUCUUCUUCGGUGUCCCUUAGCUCAGAAACCAAGCUACCUAUGCGGAACUUUGAAAGUUGAAUCAACAGAAAAUUGGAAGCUUUUUAAGUAAUUUUAAAAAAAUUAGAAGAUGGUCGGUGAUAGGACUAGAAGGAAGAGGAGAAUCCAUGCAUUCUCUUGUGUGAAAGCUUCAUUCAAGGGUGAACAUUCACUUAUAGGAGGGCCAGGUUUCUCAAGGAUAGUUUACUGCAACAAACAAGAACAUUGUGGUGAAGGGAGUAGUAGUGUUGAGAACUAUGGCGACAAUUAUGUUAGAACUACUAAAUAUACCAUGAUCACUUUCAUCCCCAAAUCAUUGUUUGAACAAUUUAGAAGGGUUGCCAAUUUUUACUUCCUUGUUUGUGCAAUCAUGUCUUUCUUCCCUGUCUCUCCUUACUCAGCUGUUAGCAAUGUUGUUCCUCUUGUUGUUGUGGUUGCUGUUACAAUUGGGAAAGAGGCUGUUGAGGAUUGGAGGAGGAUGAAGCAGGAUAUUGAGAUGAAUAACAGAAAGGCUAAAGUUCAUAAUGGAGAAGGUGUUUUUGAAUACUCUAAAUGGCGAAACCUGAAAGUUGGAGACAUAGUGAAGGUUGAAAAAGAUGAAUUUUUUCCUGCUGAUCUCAUCCUACUCUCAUCAAACUAUGAAGAUUCAAUUUGCUAUGUUGAGACCAUGAAUCUUGAUGGAGAAACAAAUCUUAAACUGAAACACGCACUGGAAGAAACUUCCAAGUUUCAACAAGAUUCUAGCUUUCAAAAGUUCAAGGCUAUCAUCAAAUGUGAAGAUCCAAAUGCAUAUCUAUAUUCUUUCAUAGGAAAUAUUGAACUUGAAAAUCAACUAUAUCCUCUUUCACCUCAGCAGAUACUGCUUAGAGACUCAAAGCUAAGGAACACAGACUUUAUUUAUGGUGUUGCAAUUUUUACUGGCCAUGAUACAAAGGUUAUGCAGAAUUCCACUGAUCCUCCAUCAAAAAGAAGCAAAAUCGAGAAGCGAAUGGACAAGAUAAUCUUUUUUCUGUUCUUAGUUUUAUUUUUUAUUUCUUUUAUUGGUUCCAUUUUAUUUGGAUUUGAAACAAGAGAGGACCUUGAAAAUGGAAUAAUGAAGAGAUGGUACCUCAGACCAGACGAUACUACAAUCUACUACGAUCCAAAGAGAGCGCCGAUCGCGGCAAUGCUGAAUUUCUUGACUGCACUAAUGUUGUACAGUUACUUGAUUCCAAUUUCUUUGUAUGUAUCCAUUGAAAUUGUGAAAUUUAUUCAAAGCAUCUUCAUCAACCACGACGUGCACAUGUAUUACGAUGAAACUGAUCAGCCUGCACACGCUCGUACCUCAAAUUUGAACGAAGAACUUGGCCAAGUUGAUACUAUUCUUUCAGAUAAAACAGGAACAUUGACUUGCAAUUCUAUGGACUUUGUCAAGUGUUCGAUUGCUGGGAUCGCCUACGGGCGAGGUGUUACAGAAGUUGAGAGAGCUCUAGCAAGGAGAAAAGGAUUACAUUUAAGUCAAGAUAUGACAGAAGAUGGCAAUGUUGCAGAGAUUUCCGAAGCAAAGUCUUCCAUUAAAGGUUUUAACUUCAUAGAUGAAAGGAUUAUGAAUGGAAAUUGGGUCAAGGAACCCAAUGCCAAUGUAAUCCAGAACUUCCUGCGGUUGUUGGCUGUGUGCCAUACAGCGAUACCUGAAGUUGACGAAGACACAGGCGAAGUUUCAUAUGAAGCUGAGUCACCUGAUGAGGCAGCUUUUGUAAUUGCAGCCAGAGAACUUGGAUUCGAGUUUUACGAAAGGACUCAGACAACUAUUUCGCUGCACGAGUUCCAUUAUAUAUCAGGCAGGACAAUUAGAAAGUGCUAUAAACUUUUAAAUAUAUUAGAGUUUAGUAGUUCAAGAAAACGAAUGUCUGUUAUUGUAAGAGAUGAGGAGGGGAAACUACUACUGCUUAGCAAAGGUGCUGACAGUGUCAUGUUUGAAAGACUUGCAAAGAAUGGAAGGGAGUUUGAAGAAAAGACUAAGCAACACAUUAAUGAAUAUGCUGAUGCUGGUUUGAGGACCUUGAUACUUGCCUAUCGCAAACUCGAUGAAGAAGAGUACGACGAUUUUAAUAAAGAAUUGAUGGAAGCCAAGAGGUUAGUAAGUGAUGAUCGGGAGCAGAUUGUGGAGGAAGUAUCAGAAAAGAUCGAGAAGGAUUUAGUUCUUCUUGGUGCCACUGCAGUUGAAGACGUACUUCAAAAAGGGGUUCCUGAAUGUAUUGACAAGCUAGCACAAGCAGGAAUUAAGUUAUGGGUUUUGACUGGUGAUAAAAUGGAGACAGCAAUCAAUGUUGGGUUUGCUUGUAGUUUGCUAAGGCAAGGAAUGAAGCAAAUUAAAAUUAGUUCAGACACUGUAGAAACCAAAUCUCUUGAGAAAGUGGAAAACAAGUCUGCUGCUGAUGAGGCAAUUAAGGAAAAUGUUGUUUGUAAAUUAAGGGAAGGAAAGGAAUUACUAGUUACAUCUAAUGCAAACUCUGAGGCAUUAGUUCUGAUAAUUGAUGGGAAAUCUCUCACAUAUGCACUUGAAGAUGAUAUAAAGGACUUGUUUCUUGCACUUGCCGUUGGUUGCACAUCGGUUAUAUGCUGUCGUUCAUCUCCGAAGCAAAAAGCACUUGUUACUAGACUAGUAAAACUUAAAACAGGUUGUACUACUCUAGCAAUUGGUGAUGGUGCAAAUGAUGUUGGAAUGCUACAAGAAGCAGAUAUUGGGAUUGGUAUCAGUGGUGUUGAAGGAAUGCAGGCAGUUAUGUCUAGUGAUAUUGCAAUUGCUCAAUUCCGAUAUCUAGAGCGUUUACUUCUUGUGCAUGGACAUUGGUGUUACAGAAGAAUCUCAUCAAUGAUCUGUUACUUCUUUUACAAGAAUAUUGCCUUUGGCUUCACUAUAUUCUUCUAUGAGAUCUAUGCCUCAUUCUCAGGACAAGCUGCAUACAAUGAUUGGUUCCUAUCACUAUAUAAUGUAUUCUUCACUUCACUUCCUGUAAUUGCCUUAGGACUAUUUGACCAAGAUGUCUCUCCUAGAUUAUGUCUCAAGUUCCCAUUAUUAUACCAAGAAGGUGUACAAAAUGUCUUAUUUAGCUGGAAAAGGAUUCUAGGUUGGGCAUUCAAUGGAGUAAUGAGUUCUACCAUAAUAUUUUUCUUCUGCAUCAAUGCAAUGGAGAAUCAAGCAUUCCACAAAGGAGGUAAAGUAGUAGGACUUGAAAUUCUUGGUGCUACAAUGUACACUUGUGUUGUAUGGGUAGUGAAUUGCCAAAUGGCAUUAUCCAUUAGUUACUUCACUUACAUACAACAUAUAUUCAUUUGGGGUGGAAUUCUUUAUUGGUAUGUAUUCCUCCUAACAUAUGGAACUAUUUACCCUUUAUCAACCACUGCUUAUAAAGUCUUAAUUGAAGCUUGUGCACCAGCACCAUCUUACUGGCUUAAUACUCUCCUUGUUCUUGUUGCUUCACUCAUUCCAUAUUUGGUAUAUGCUUCAAUCCAAAUGAGAUUCUUUCCUAUGUUCCAUCAAAUGAUACAUUCGAUAUACAACGAUGGUGAAGCAACUGAUCUGGAAUACGUUCAUGUUGUUCGACAGAGAUCAAUAAGGCACAUGACAGUUGGGUUCACAGCUCGUUUUGAAGCAUCCAAGACUUUAGUACUACCAUAGUUACUGUAUUUUACGGGUGUUAAAUUCCUACCGCUUAAAAUAGUUUCGGACUUGAAACUUGAAGCAAGAGGCAACUCCACUAAAUGUUACAUUCUGAUAAACUUUAGAACUAUAAGUUAUUGCACCUAUUUAUAGCUCUAAUUUGUGACAUUCUUGAGUUGAUGUAAAAGGUUAUUUGCAUAAAUAAAUGUAGUUUGCUAGUUAGUUAAGUGUUGGUGUCUUUCUAGUGAAUUAGAAUAUUUUAAGUGUUAAUUUGCACAAGGAACAAUGAAUGGAGAAGUCUACAGAUAUGCUACAAGUUGUUGCAACACAUUGGUGCACUAUUGUAGAGUAUUAAUGAAGUUCAUAGUUGUAGGUCCGGUUGGGAGUAAUUUUUGUCCUUGAUUUUGAAGAUAUUUUAUCAGUAAAUAAUGACAAUAUUAUUGUAUUAAUGAGGUGUCCUUGCUUUUUGGAUAAUGGGCCAAAGGAACUAGUAUUGGAAAAAGGAGAAAAAUCUAAAAAAGAGGGAAAAGUUGUACUACAUUUGUCCUAUGUAUGGACAAAAGUGUGAAAAAUAUGGGACAUAGAUUGCAGCCCUAAUUUCAUUGCUCCACCAACCCUAAUAUCCAUUUUUCAUUAUGCCUCACUACAAUACAUCACCUUCAUCCAUCUAUCAACUCAUUUUUUGAGUCAUUCUCAUUUAUUCUUGAAGAUUUGAAGCUAUUAAGAGGUUGUACUAUUGCUUAUGUAUGUUUCGUUUGCUGCCAUCGUAUUUCCUCUUUCGUAUAUUUCAUUUCUUCAUUGAUUUGUGAUGUAAUGAACUCCAUGAUGUUUUAUCAUCUUUUAUUUUUUAUGUUUAAGCUCAAUAUGAACUAAACCUUUAUGUAGUUAAGGAGUAAUGAGGUUAUAUGAAGUUUGCACUUUAGUAUGUUGUA